AUGAGUAGAUCUGUAAAGUCGGUCACCACUCAGGGUAGAAAGAAACGAGCAGUUGCCACGUGCGUGUGCACAUACUCAGGAGAGUUUUCUAUAAGAAUCAACAAGGUUCCCUUCAAGCUCAUUACAAAUACCUUGAUGAUUGCAAAGCUGAAGGAGAUCAUAUGCAUUGUUGAGCACGCCAACAUCAAGGACCUUUCAUUUGACAUAACAUGCAAGGUUGGGGGAGAUGUCUCCCGGGUGUAUGCAGUAAGAAUGGCCUUUUCCAAAGCGAUACUUGCAUUUUAUGGAACCUACUAUGAUGAAUGGAAAAAACAAGAAAUUCAAAAGAGACUGCUGGACUUCGAUAGGUUUAGUCUUGUUGCAGAUUCAAGAAAGCGGGAGCCAAAGAAGUUUGGAGGUCCUGGGGCUCGUGCAAGGUACCAGAAGUCUUAUCGUUGA